UUAAAAUAAAAUUAAAGAAAAAUUCAAAUAUGCCACCAAAAAAAAGCACAAAUACUUCAAAGGCAAAUAAAUCUAAAACUGUAGAAACUAACAAUGGAAAAGAAGAGAAAAAAAAAGGAAAUGCUGGAAAUGCUGUAAAGGUUAGACACAUACUAUGUGAAAAACAAUCAAAAGUUUUGGAAGCUUUAGAAAAAUUAAAAGCUGGAGGGAAAUUUAAUGAAGUGGCUGCCAUUUAUAGUGAAGACAAAGCAAGAUCUGGGGGUGAUCUUGGAUGGAUGAUUAGAGGAUCAAUGGUAGGUCCAUUUCAAGAAGCUGCAUUUGCAUUACCUAUUUCUUCUAUUAAUUCUCCAAUCUACACAGAUCCACCAAUUAAAACAAAAUUUGGUUAUCAUAUUAUAAUGGUAGAAAGUAAAAAAUAAAUGAUGUAUAAAUAAUUAUGUAUAUUUAUAAUCUA